UGGGGCAGAAGCAGCCUUACAGGUGUGAGCGGAGGCAGGCACUGCUCCUGGGACCGCAGCAUGUUGCAAUGGAGUCUUCUGGUAGUCUCAUUCCUCCUUUCGCCAGUUCCAGUGAGUGCGGCCAAAGAACUCCCCAAGGCCAAGAAUUAUGAAGUGGUUUAUCCCAUAAGACUUCAUCCAUUGCGUAAAAGAGAGACCAAAGAGCCAGAGCCAAAGGAAGCAUUUGAAACUGAGCUAAGGUACCAAAUGACAAUCAAUGGAAAGGUGGCUGUCCUUUACCUGAAGAAGAACAACAAGCUCCUGGCACCAGGCUACUCGGAAACAUACUAUAAUUCCAGUGGAAAGGAGGUCACCACAAGCCCACAAAUCAUGGUUAACUGUUACUACCAAGGACACAUCAUAGAUGAGGAAGCAUCUGAAGCCAGCAUCAGCACGUGUGACGGUCUACGGGGCUACUUCAGUCAAGGAGAUGAACGAUAUUUUAUCGAACCUUUGAGAUCUGUGAGCCCGGAUGAGCACGCCCAUGCAGUCUUCAAAGAUGACCCCAACGAAGACCAGGCUAACAGCAGCUGUGGUGUGGAUGAUGCGCGGUGGCAACAAGGGCUGCAUGGGAACAUGGUCCCACCUGCCACCAGACUGAUUAAGCUGAAUGGUGGGAUGGCCCAGGAACCUAAGACAUAUAUUGAAUAUUAUUUGGUCCUGGAUAAUGGUGAGUUUAAGAAGUACAAUAAAAAUCUUACUGAAAUAAGAAAGAGAGUGCUUGAGAUGGCCAAUUACGUCAACAUGCUUUACAAAAAGCUUAAUGCCCAUGUAGCCUUAGUUGGAAUGGAAAUCUGGACCGAUGAGGAUAAAAUAAAGAUAACCCCAGAUGCCAACACCACCCUGGAUAACUUUUCUAGAUGGAGAGGAAGUGAUCUCCUAAAGCGGAAGCACCAUGAUGUUGCCCAGUUAAUCUCCUCAAGAGACUUUUCUGGAUCCACAGUGGGCCUCGCUUUCAUGUCUUCAAUGUGUUCCCCUUAUCAUUCUGUUGGCGUCAUUCAGGAUCACAGUAACUACCAUCUUCGAGUUGCAGGGACAAUGGCCCAUGAAAUGGGGCACAACCUCGGUAUGAUCCAUGACUACCUGAGUUGCAAGUGUCCAUCUGAAGUCUGUGUAAUGGAGCAGUCACUAAGGUUCCAUAUGCCCACAGACUUCAGUUCCUGCAGCCAUGUCAACUACGGGCAGUUUCUGGAAGAGAAAUUAUCUCACUGCCUCUAUAACACCCCAUUGCCUUCCGAUAUCAUAUCCAUCCCAGUGUGUGGGAACCAAUUACUAGAGAUGAAUGAGGAAUGUGACUGUGGCUCCCCCCAGGAAUGUGCCAACAGAUGCUGUGAUGCAGAGAGCUGUAAAAUCAAAGCAGGUUUCCAGUGUGCCCUGGGGGAGUGCUGUGAGAAGUGCCAGCUUAAAAACGCUGGGGUUGUGUGCAGAGCAGCAAAAGAUGAGUGCGAUCUGCCUGAAAUGUGUGAUGGUAAAUCCAGUCACUGCCCAGUCGACAGAUUCAGAGUCAAUGGCUUUCCUUGCCAAAAUGGGCACGGCUAUUGCUUGAGGGGCAACUGUCCCACCCUGCAGCAGCAGUGCAUGGAGAUGUGGGGCCCAGGAACCAAGGUGGCAGAUCAGUCAUGUUACCAGCACAAUGAAGGUGGCUCAAAGUACGGAUACUGUCGCAUAGAGAAUGGCUCGCACGUGCCCUGCAAAGCAAAAGAUGCCAUGUGUGGGAAGUUGUUCUGUGAAGGUGGGUCACGUAAUCUGCCAUGGAAAGGACUUACAGUAUCUUUUCUGACAUGUAAAUUAUUUGCUCCUGAAGACACCAGUCAAGGAAUUGGCAUGGUGGCUAACGGAACCAAGUGCGGACAAAACAAGGUGUGCAUUAAUGCAGAGUGUGUGGACAUGGAGAAGACAUACAAGUCAACCAACUGCUCCUUGAAGUGCAAGGGGCAUGCAGUGUGUGACCAUGAGCUGCAGUGUCAAUGCAAGGAAGGAUGGGCCCCUCCUGACUGUGAGGAUUCUGCCACAGUCUUCCAUUUCUCCAUCGUGGUUGGUGUGCUCUUCCCUCUGGCAGUCAUAUUCGUGGUGGUUGCUAUAGUGAUCCGGCAUCAAAGUGCCAGAAGGAAUCAGAAGAGAGUUCAGAGGCCACUGCCCACCAAGAAUGCCAAGCUGCACAAACAGAAGUGUAAAUCCCCAAAGGCAAAGACAGUUCGACUCCAGGAGAUGAAUCAGAUGAAGAAGCUCCAUGUAUCUGAAGAAGCUCCGCCCACUGAGGAGAAUGAGUCUUCACCCAAUGUUCUAUCCACAAAGCCAAAUUUCCCACCACCACCAAUUCCUGUUUCCUCGGACUCAAGCGCAAAAGUCUGAAGCAACAGCUAAGCCAGGGUUGAUGAUCGCAUGAUCAGAUUGGAAGCCUGGAUGUUUUGGAUGGAGAUGUGUCCACUUCCUUAUUACUAUUGCUCUUGGCACUCAGAGGUCAACACUGCCUAGUUUAUGCUGUAUUUUGAAGAGAUUAAAACUUUCAAGAAAGACACACUUUUGAGAACCUUUGUCCUCAUACUCAUAGGAAGAGGGCUAAGGAAAUCUAUAAACUAUAAAACUGCAAUUAGUUGAUCCCUACCCCUUGGUUAACUAUGAUGGUGACUGCUUAAAUAUUUUUGACGACCUGGAUUUCCUUCCGCCUUCGGAAGGGAUUGAUGCACCCUCUAAUGAAAACACACAGCAAUACAAAUAAAACAGAAUAAAAUCAUAAGAAUCUGGGGGGGAUGCAUUCAUUAUUAAACAUGUAACAAUGUCUUGGUUCUAUCUACUUGUCAAAUUAGAACAUCAAUUUAAGAUUAGAAUUAUGUAAGCAGCUCCUCUUCUAUAUGUCUUUGAUAUCCUUUAUUCUGAAGUUUUUAUUAACCUUGCCAUUUGGGGAGUUUCCUACAAUAGAGUAAAAUAUUUUUAUGAACUAACUUAGUCACCAAUUAUUUGUGUGCUGACUGCUGGCAUGACAAAAGUGAGCUUCCCUUUUAAAACAGAGAAUGUUCAGUUAAAGAAAUGAACACAAACCAGAAGUUGCAAACUGGUGACCUACGGGCAGGGUUUGCAUCGCAGAUGUGUUUUAUUUGCUCCAAAUCAAAGAUCCUGGCCACACAGCACUAUUUUUUAAAAAAAAAAAGAUUGUUUUGAGUUUAUAAGAAAUAAUUUUUAAAUGGUAAGAUCUUGCAUAAACACCCAGAUUCCUGGAUUGUAACAAAAAAUCAGAUGGGUCUGUCAACAACAGAAUCACACUUCCCAUAACAUCUUCAGCUUCAUUGACAGAUGGUAAAAUGAACAUGGUUGGCUGGGUACCAAACACUCCCCUGUCUUAUUUUAAGAACCCUGAUUUUACAUAGCUGUCCAUUUUUUUUAGAACAGUCGAUGUAACUCCAUACACAUUAUGUUACCCACUCACGACAAUCAGAAUGUCCUUGCCUCUGAUUUGUUAAGUGAAUGAGUUACUCCCCCCUUUGCCCUGUGAGAUGAGGGAGGAGGUUAUGUUGGAAAACUUCUGAGGAAUGUUUCCCCAUCCAUCCUUUCUUCUGGCUGCUGGCAUCUGGUCCUGCUGCAGCUGUGGUGGGAUCUGAAGACAAGGAUGGUGUGGACAAGAUAGAGCAGAAAGAUAAACAGAAUGCAGCUGAACUUCCUAAGAUGUUAUUGAACUUCCUAAGAUGUUAUUGAACUGGUAGAUUAACAACUGUUGAACUGGCUCCACUUUUUGCUGGGACAUUUUGUCCAAUCAAUAAAUUUUCCUUG